CCUGCAGCCAUGCCCGGGCUGCCGUUGAGUCUCAAUUUCUCCAGCGGCUCUUGCUCCUCAGCCUCUCUGGGCAACGGAUGUGCGGCCAGCGAGGAGCGGCACUUUCAGCACCACGGACAGUUCUCAGCCCCCGUCUCUGUGCUGCUGGCGGCGCUCAUGGGACUCGUGGUCCUGGUCACGGUAUUGGGCAACGCUUUGGUGGUCUUGGCUUUCCUAGUGGACAAAAGCCUGCGCACCCAAGGGAAUUUCUUCUUCCUCAACUUGGCCAUCGCGGAUCUUUUAGUAGGUGGAUUUUGCAUCCCCCUCUACAUACCUUACAUCCUGACCGGUGAAUGGAAGUUCGGGAAAGGCUUAUGCAAACUCUGGCUGGUGAUUGAUUACCUGGUGUGCACUGCCUCUGUUUUCAAUAUCGUCUUGAUCAGUUUCGACAGAUUCAUCUCUGUCACUAAGGCGAUGAGUUACAGAGCCCAGAAAGGGAUGACCAGGAACACCGUGGUGAAAAUGGUCAUGGUUUGGAUUGCAGCUUUUCUCCUUUAUGGACCUGCAAUCAUCAGCUGGGAGUACAUUGCCCAGCGAAGCAUCCUACCGGACAGGGAGUGCUAUGCAGAGUUCUUCUACAACUGGUACUUCCUAAUGAUUGCGUCCACCAUAGAGUUCUUCACACCGUUCAUCAGCGUCACCUACUUCAACUUAAGCAUCUAUUUCAACAUUAGGAAGCGGACGCCCGUCAGAACCCAGAACCUCCGGCCGGGCCAAAGGGACUGCGAAAUGUACUCCGGAGGGAAGAAGCAAGCGCAUACCAUCUUUUUUAUGAAAGUGAACAGGAAAAGAGAUAAGGAGACAGCAAGCAGCCUCUCCCCGACUAAGUCUACCACCUCCAAGCUCAACGUCCAGACCCUGCAGAGCCAGUCGGUAGAGUACAACAUCAGCCAAGAUCUUCCGCCCCUACAAGUUGACGUCCAAACCAAAUCCCCGUGGGACGGGUUCUACAAAGCGCUAGAGAGCAUCACCAACACCACAAGAAAAACGGAGGUCGCCAAUACCGUGGCUAGUCGAUUUCGGCUUUCUCGGGAUAAAAAAGUGGCCAAAUCUCUGGCCAUUAUUGUCUGCGUUUUUGCUUUGUGCUGGGCUCCUUACACGCUCCUGAUGAUCAUCCGGGCUGCUUGCCACGGACAGUGCAUCCACCAUGCUCUCUACGAAGCCUCCUUUUGGCUCCUGUGGCUGAAUUCAGCCAUUAACCCAAUUCUAUAUCCCUUGUGCCACAUGAGUUUUAGGAAAGCUUUUUUUAAACUCUUGUGCCCAGGCAAGGCGAAAAUCCACCCUAACCUUUUUACGUGAGAACAUUUAAGGCAAAAGAAGCUGUAGCAUGG